AUGAAAUACCCAGUCGGCAAACACAACAAAGUCCGCCGCCUGGCCGACAAACGAGCAGACUACGACCUCAACACCGUCCACACCAUCAUCAACCAAUCCCUCCUCUUCCACGUCUCCUUCCAACCCGACCCAGAAGACCCCUUCCCAACAAUCAUCCCCAUGCUCGGCGCCCUAGGAAACCACGACCACCCCAGCGCCGGGCUAGACGAGCCGCUGGACUGCUACAUCCACGGCUACAUCUCCCCCCGGAUGUGCAAUCUCGCCAGAGCCGCCAUGUCCACGGGCCUCCCCGGCCUCCCCGUCUGCAUCUCGGCCGCCAAAGUCGACGGCCUGAUCCUCACGCUGUCCGCCUUCACGCACUCCUGCAAUUACCGCUCCGCCGUCCUCUUCGGGCACGCGAGUCUAGUCACCGACGAGGCGGAGAAGAUGUGGGCUCUGCGGCUGAUUACGAAUAAGCUCAUCCCUGGCCGGUGGGACCAAGUGCGCAGUCCGCCGAAUACGGCGGAGCUGGUGCAGACGCAGAUUCUGAGGGUGCGGGUGACGAGUGCGAGUGCGAAGAUCCGCGCCGGACCCCCGGCCGAUGAUCGGGUGGAUGUGGAGGAUCCGGAUGUGCAGGAGAAGGCGUGGGCGGGUUAUGUCCCGCUGGUUGAGCGCAUGUUGGAUCCGAUUCCUAGUGCGUAUACGCAGCGCAAGGAAGUGCCGGAGCAUGUUAGGGGUCUUCAGCAGGGGUUUAAUAGGCGAGCGGAUGACUACAAUGAGAUGCUGGUUAAGCAAGUUCGCGAGCAGGUGAUUACUUGGGGGACUAUCUGA